UGUUCCGUGUCAGGAUGCUCCGUGCUGGAACGCUCUGCAUGGGGAGGAUGCUCUGUCCCGGGAUGUCCCGAGCAGGCGCGGCGGCCUUUAAGGGGAGGGACGGAAGCCUGACCCGUCCCCGGGCUCUAAAAGCCUCCGCAGACCGACCGAGCCCGGCUCCGACCCGCCGGGGCCGCCAUGGGCUCCCUGGGGCGCUGCCUGGCCCGGAGCCUCCCGCGGGGGCAGCCGGGCCUGAGCCCCCCCGGGCCCCGCUGCUACGGCUCGGCCCCCGCGGCGCUGCAGGAGAGGACGCUGCUGGUGGCCAAGCCGGACGCGGUGCAGCGGCGGCUGCUCGGGGACAUCAUCCAGCGCUUCGAGCGCCGCGGCUUCAAACUGGUGGCCAUGAAGCUGCUCCAGGCGGACCGGAGGCUCGUGGAGCAGCACUACGAGCAGCUGCGGCUGAAGCCCUUCUACCCCGCGCUCGUCGCCUACAUGACCUCGGGGCCGGUGGUGGCCAUGGUGAGGGGACAGCCCGGGGGUCCCGCGGGGCGCGGGGGACUCAGCUGUCCCUGUCUCUGUCCCUGUCCCUGUCCCGCAGGUGUGGGAGGGCUACAACGUGGUGCGGUGCACGCGGGCCAUGGUUGGGGACAGCAGCGCCGUGGGGACAAUCCGCGGGGACCUCAGCGUGCACAUCACCAGGUAGAGCCGCGGGGGCGGGACCCCAGGGCCGUGGCACUGUCCCCAUCCCUGUCCCCUCGCAGGAACGUGGUCCAUGCCAGCGACUCCGCGGAGACGGCCCAGAGGGAGAUCGGCUUCUGGUUCCAGCGGGACGAGCUGGUGGCCUGGGACAGCAGGGACAGGGACAACAUCUACGGGCUCUAGGGUCGGGCCCGGCCGGGGGCACCCCCGCCCCAAUAAACCCCGGUGUCCCCA